AUUGGUGAAUAUUCUGGAAUACCUUUUUGGAAGCCCAUGUUUGAAUUUUACUUGCUAUAUUCACGCGGUUUUGUUCUUAAGACUCUCAUCAGAAAGCCCAAGAAGCCUAACAGUGCCAACCGAAGAUGCGUGAAAGUACGACUUAGCAACGGACGAGAGGUUGUCGCCUAUGUUCCUGGCGAAGGACAUAACCUUCAGGAGCACAACAUUGUCCUCGUACGAGGUGGUCGAUGCCAAGAUCUUAUUGGUGUUAAGCACAAAAUUGUUCGGGGGAAAUUCGAUUGUGCUCCUGUCCUUAAACCCUCGAAGUAG